UGCUCUCCACACCGUACCGCUCUGUCCGACGCGACGUGUGUGUGUGUCUGCUGGCCUGUGUUGUGUGUGUAGUGCGUAUCUCGUCCUUCGUGUGUGUACUGGACACUAUGUUAGUGUGGUGAACCGUGAGGGUUGUGAGUGAAUCCCCAAAACACUGUCUGCAACAUUAGAUCGAUGGUGAACUCUAGUUAGUGUUAUGGAUUAAACUUGGAUUACCUCUGAGGAGUACCAACUAGCUGCGAAUCAAACAGACCGAGAUUAUUUCGCUGUCACUCAAGAGGGGGAAACCGAAACAGUAGCAGAUAAAAAUAAGAGUGUCGCUGAGGUGAAGCCCUCCCGCUGGCCAUGCUGUGCUAACAUUGGGUCUAGAGAGGAAGGAUGCUACUAAGAUGGGUGGUCGCCCUGCUGGCUUGGGCCGGUAGAGGGUCGUCCCUGAGAGAGCAGAAGUUUGCCAUGGAGCCGCAAGACCAGACAGCAGUGGUCGGAAGUAGAGUCACUCUACCCUGCAGAGUCAUCAACAAGUCUGGGCUGCUGCAAUGGACCAAGGAUGGCUUUGGUCUUGGCACACAUCGGAACCUCUCUGGCUUCGAUAGGUACAUGAUGAUCGGCAGUGACGAAGAAGGUGACUACUCCCUGGACAUCUAUCCUGCGAUGCUGGAUGAUGACGCCAGCUACCAGUGCCAGGUGGGGACGGGACCCAACGGUGAGACGGCUGUCCGCUCCAGGAUAGCUCAUCUGUCAGUCCUCACUCCUCCAGAACCUCCCAGGAUAGUCCAGACGGACUACCUCCUCACCACGGAGGACAGAGAGAUAGAGCUGGAGUGUAUCUCAGCGGCUGGCAAACCUGCAGCAGAGAUCACCUGGAUCGAUGGUCUGGGCAAUGUUUUGACUGACGGCAUUGAGUACAUGGUGGAGGCGCUGCCUGACGGCCGAAGGUUCACAGCCAGGUCAAUAUUGAAGCUGACACCGAAGAAGGAACACCACAACACAACGUUCACAUGUCAGGCGCAGAACACAGCAGAUAGAACAUACAGAAGUGCCAAGCUUAGGCUGGAAGUCAAAUAUGCUCCUAAGGUAACCGUGAGUGUGGUGGGAAGCAUGACUCGGUUAGUCGAAGGUCAGGAUGUGAGAUUGUUAUGUUCCGCUGACGCCAACCCUCCGAACGUCACCUAUCGAUGGUUCAUCAAUGACCAACUCGUGUUGGGAGACCCGACUACGGAGCUCGUGAUGAGCAACAUCUCACGCAAGAACCACGACUCCAUAGUCAAGUGUGAGGUCCACAACGCUGUCGGAAAGAGCGAGGAAUCUGAAGCCUUGGACAUCAGCUAUGGACCAAGAUUUCGGACGAAACCUCGCAGUAUGCAAGCAGACCUCGGGGCCUCGGUGACUCUUAUAUGUGAUGUGGACGGAAAUCCUCCUCCCGACAUUGUUUGGAUACACGAAGACUCUGACAGACGAGGCAAUGUUUUAACAUUUACGUGGGAACAGGUAGUGAGCACUUCCUCCAACCUCACAAUCACGGUAACUCACGAGUCUGCUGGACGAUACUUCUGUCGAGCGACAGUCCCUGGGUUUCCCGACAUUGGUGCUGAAGCGACCAUCUACAUGAAGGGACCUCCCACCAUCAUCUCUCACCGGACCCAGUUUGGGAUCCCUGGAGACAACGUCAGAUUAGAGUGUUCUGCUUUUUCUAUACCUACUCCGCAGAAAGUGGUUUGGAGUUUUAAAGGAGAAGAUGUUGGAUCCGACCAGGAUUAUUCGGUACUAGAGGACCCUCUGACGGAAGGUAUCAAAAGCACCCUGAUAAUCCGAGAGUCAAGACUGGAGCAUUUUGGAGUUUACAACUGUACAGUGUCCAACCCUUAUGGCAGUGAUGUGGUGGAGAUCACACUUAAAGCUCAGAAGAGUUUUCCUUUGCUCCUGAUCCUGACAGGAGUGCUUGGAGGAGUCGUAGUCAUUGUAGCUGUUACAAUGGUUGUGAUUCUUUGUCAGCGGAAAGUUAAAAAGCCUCAAGCAAACCAUUUGGAGUUACAAAUAAAACCUUACUCAGACAACCUGGAUCCAGAGAAGCAGUGCAAAGAGAGCGACAGAUCGUCCAACAUCUCGGACAUGAAGCUGGAGCUCCGGACAGGCUCGUCUGUCAGCAAUGUCCACUGUGAGUUGGACUACAGCGGAGGACACGAGAGUGAGACGGGUAGCGAGAGUGUUGUCACUAGGAUAGGUCUACCUCUCGCAGGACCCGUGCCUUUGGAUCACAGAUACUCCCAGCGCUUCUCCUCCACGGAGUUCCCAGACCCUGUCUUCCCACCUAAGACUGAUGGCCAAAACAACAAUGGUUAUGUUCCUUACGUGGACUACGCAAGAGACUACAACCCCCCUCCACCACCCACCUCUGGGGCACCAACAAUCCAGCCAGCCAACGGAGGAGUGGGGGUAGACCCGCGGUACUCUGCAGCGUACGGCAAUCCUUACCUGCGCAACGCAGUUAGUCCGCAGCUACCUCCUCCAACGGGGCCUCCCCUGGCGCCACCGCCUCCACCGUACUCCGCAGUACGCAACGGCGCAGCGCCACAAGUCUCACGACUACCUGCCUCGCCUACGUCGCAAUACAUUACCUCACAACAAGCGACAAUCAAGAGAGGGACGUUAGCUACGCAUGUAUAAUACUAGCAGCCCGUGUGAACAUUCUAGCCAAUGUCACAGAACCGGAGUGCUCGAUACUCGCGUGUACAGUGUAAUAUAAUAGGUAUAUAAAACUCAAACGAAUUCUUAUAGUGGAUCAGACGGAAUACGAGGCUCGAUGUGUGAUGUUUACUUAUAAUUUUACGUACCUCUCUAAGCAGGAUGGACGUAAUCUUGGUUAUUUUGUACCUUCGUUUACCUGGGACGGAUUUGUAGAGGACAUCGAGUAUGUAGGAUGAACAAAUAUCUCAAUGCUCAUAGGACUUUUAGACUGAUUCAGGUAUUAAUUUAGUCUUAAGAUUCCAUAGCAAUUUGGUUUCUAGUGUUUGUAUGUUACGAACUCCUUAAAUCAAUUGUGUGUGCUGAGUGAUUCUGCUUAUAAUUUUAAAAUUGGAUACUUAUGUUAUGAUACAUUAGUUAUUUUAUAAACUUUUCUAAAAAAUUUCAGAUGGAUGCGUGUUUAUACUUAUAACAAGUUAGGGACAGUAAUAAACCUUAAAGCCACUAUAUAAGUUCAUGAAAACUUUGAAUAGAAAAAGUAAACCAUAAUUUCUUUACCUAAAAUUAAGUUUUAACUCACUUUGCACUUUAUCAACAUAUUUUCUUGCAUACUCUUUUGAUUUCAUACAAUGAACCAUUUAUAAUCUACAGAUUCAAAACUCUGAAAUGUUUAACAUUAUGAGCACUAGCUAUGAUUUUAAAACAGCUUUUGUGUACAUUUUAUUUUUCUAGAGUACUGUAGUAUAAUUAUUACAAGAAUAACUAACAGUGAAUUGAACUAUGUGAGGCCUUAUUUGAAGAGGUAAGAUCUCAAAAAUAUAAACCAAAGAUCGACUUACAUUUAUCAGAAAAUUACAGCUAACCUCCAAAAACAAUCAUAUCAACAUAAUUAUAUUUUUAGUUGUGUUAUGUAAAGUAUAUUUUAUUGUUAUGUUUUCUAUUUUUAUUUUAAUGAAAAUAGUAUUUGUAUAUUUGUUUUAUAUUUUACCACAGUUUUAUAUCUACUUGUGCCCUAUCUACAGCCUGUAUAUACAUUUUAAGAUAUAUUUUAAUGUCUGAAACCCUUCAAACUUUUUAAAUCAGCAUCUCUUCAUGAAAAAAUUCUGUCAUUUCCUGUUAAUGUAGAUAUCCUGGUAUUUAAUCGCAAAAUGUUUUAUUAUUUAUUACCUUGACAGCUUGUUUACAAACUUACGCUUCUUUAUGUGAAUUUGGAAGAAACUAGUUCUGUUAAGUGGUACCAAUGGUCUUUCAUCAUAUCUCAAACUAUUUCCUGACUUGAAUGUGUCCACGCCCGAUCUUAACAUCACUUGCUGUUGAAGUGUCAAUUAUAUGUGAAGCUUGUGUUUCCCUGUGUUGGGAGUCAGCGAGUAUGUGCUUACUCGCUUACUCACCGGACUUGUAUCUAACAAGUGAAAUUUGAUUCCUGCCUCUUACCUCCCAUUGUGAGAACUGUGAUUUUUUACUGUUAUUAGUUUUUGUAAAGUCAUAGAGAUAAUGUAAAAAUGAGCCGUAUAAGAUAUGUCAAUAUUGUAUAGUUGUUUGCUACUCUUUGCAUUUAUACUAAAUCGAAGUGAUUAUUUUCUUAGUUUCGAUUUAUACCUCUCAUUCAUCUAGUUUAGCUUUAGAGAUUGUAUCAUCUAGAUAAAAUAGUAAAUAUUUGGCAUCAUUCUGUACUUACUUUAUGUCAAGGCCUAAAACAAUACAAAUUUUUCAUUUUUCGUUUGAAAUUGUUGUUUAUAAAUCAAAACCAAUUAAUGGGAUGCAAUUAAAUAAGGAAUUAACGUUACUUCAGAAAGUCAACAUGUCUGUUACAUGGAAAAUUGAAGUUGAAAUAUAAAGAAUACCUACCAUUAUUUUGAAAUUGUUUAAGGUAUGUGACAAAAUACCGUUUUGAGGGUAUACCACCGUUCUAGGAUUUAAUAAAUUCAUUUCGUUGGCAUUUAGACCUCAAACAAUUAUUUUAAAAGCAUUAUAUAUUUAGAAGGUAUAAAUGUGUUCCUAAACAUUAUAAAACAACAAAUUUAUAAAUUAUA